AUGAGCUCAAAAACCGUGCUGCAUCUUCUGAUUGGACUUUCCAAACACAGUGCUCCAAGCCCAACGACAUUCGGAGAUGUUCUCGUUUGCAUGACCACUGCAUUCAAACAACACAAGCCACUUUUCGAAGAAAACGAUCGGCUCCUGGCAACCGAAUCAAUCUCGAAGUCGCUGCCGCUCAUCUGUUCGGCAAUCCGUCAGUUGGACAUCGGCAUGAACAUUGACAGAAGACAAGAUGCUCAAAUGGUCAUCUCCGGAAUACGGUACAUUGCAGAUGAAAUGCCGACGGAAGUUGGCGUGGCACUGGAGGAACUGAUCUCUUCAAAACACACGCAGUCAAUCUUGGAUUAUAUCCAGAACACUGAAGGAGUGGAACCGGAGAAUGUGACUUGGAGCCAUGUGGAUAUCUCAAAAGUUCCUAGAGCUCAUUAUUGGUGGUUUGAUUCUGAUGAAUAA